UUCUAUCAGUUGCACAAUCUCCUCAUGUCUGAGACUUGCUUAUUAAGCAGGAGCUUUGAAAGGAAACCAAUCAGUCUCGGUGAUUUCAAUCCGUUGCUUGUCUUAGUUAAAAUAAUGCUGGAAAGAAGGAUCAUGAGCUAGAUAACAGCAGAUUGAGGAGAGGAGUUUACUGUACUGUGGGCACAGCGUGGGAAUACAGUUACACGAUGGCCGCCUGAUAAACAUAGAAGAGACCUUUAGAACCAAGAAAACAACAAAGAAGACACAUGAAAUUCUGACUGGGACAUUUUGACAUAGAAUUACAAAUAAUGAAGAUUUAUUUAAAUUUGUCAUUAAUGAUGUGUGCUAAUUUUAUCAUUGUUCAUACAACACCAUUGGAUGCAAGAUCCCAGCAACAUUUAACCAAUGAGAAGAAAACAAAGCUGUUGCAACGUUCAAAAAGAAGCUGGAUGUGGAACCAGUUUUUCUUGCUUGAAGAAUACAUAGGUGAUACACAGUAUGUGGGCAAGCUACAUACAGACCACGAUAAAGGAGAAGGAAAUCUAAAGUACAUAUUAACAGGUGAUGGAGCAGGCAGUGUGUUUGUUAUUGAUGAAAAUACUGGAGAUAUUCAAGCAGCAAAGAAAUUGGAUAGAGAAGAAAGGUCUGUGUAUGUGCUUCGUGCAAAGGCGAUAGACAGAAAGACGGGAAGACAAGUAGAACCUGAAUCAGAAUUCAUCAUAAAAAUUCAUGACAUUAAUGAUAAUGAACCAAAGUUUACAAAAGAUGUGUAUACUGCCAGUGUCCCUGAAAUGUCUGAAGUUGGCACCUCUGUGAUUAAAGUGAUUGCUGUUGAUGCUGAUGAUCCUUCGUAUGGAAACAGUGCCAGAGUUGUAUAUAGCAUUAUUCAAGGCCAGCCAUACUUUUCCAUUGAUCCUGAAACAGGCAUAAUCAGAACUGCCUUACCAGAUAUGAGCAGGGAGAACAGGGAACAUUACCAAGUGGUUAUUCAGGCCAAAGAUAUGGGAGGCCAGAUGGGAGGAUUAUCUGGGACCACCACGGUGAACAUCACACUGACUGAUGUCAAUGACAAUCCGCCUAGAUUCCCACAGAGUGUCUAUCAGUUUUCUUCUUUAGAAUCUGCAACUAUUGGAACCGAAAUAGGCAGAAUUAAAGCCAACGAUGCUGAUAUUGGUAAAAAUGCAGAGAUUGUAUACAGCAUUGUUGAUGGAGAUUCAGAACAUUUCUUCGAUAUUAUCACAAACAAGGAAACACAGGAUGGAAUCAUAACGGUUAAAAAGUUGUUGGAUUUUGAAGUUCGUGGAAUAUACACUUUUCAGGUUGAAGCAACCAAUUCUUAUGUAGAGCCACGUUUUUUCCACCUCGGACCAUUCAAAGAUACAGCUAUUGUGAAAAUUUUACUUCAGGAUGUUGAUGAAGCCCCUAUCUUUAGUAGGCAUUUUUAUAUAAUCGAAGUAGAUGAAGAUGCAAAGGAAGGAAAUAUCAUUGGUCAGGUUUCUGCUCAAGAUCCUGAUUCAGCAAAGAGCCCAGUCCAAUAUAGCAUUGAUCGCAACACCGAUAUCGAAAGAAUAUUCAGUAUAUACUCAGGGAAUGGCUCUAUAUUUCUGUCUAAGUGUCUCGACCGUGAAGUCAGUCCAUGGCACAAUCUCACAAUAACUGCAACAGAAAUAAAAAACCCCAAACAAAUCAAACAUGUUCAAGUAUAUAUUAAGAUUCUGGAUAUCAAUGAUCACCCACCAGAAUUUGAUAAAUAUUAUGACACAUUUGUAUGUGAAAAUGCAAAACCAGGCCAGAUAAUUCAAACAAUAAGCGCUGCAGAUAAGGAUGAACCCCCUCGGGGACACACAUUCUUCUUUGAAAUGGUGCAAGAAUUUUCAAUGAACCCAAACUUCACAGUUAUAGAUAAUAGAGACAAUACAGCAAGCAUUUUGACAAAAAAAAAUGGAUACAAUAGACAUAAAACAAGCAUCUACGUUCUACCUAUUAUCAUUUUUGACAAUGAUUAUCCAGUCCAAAGCAGUACUGGAACAUUGACCAUAAGAGUGUGUGCUUGUGACAGAAAAGGGAACGUACAAUCAUGUGACGCAGAAGCUUACUUACUGCUUGCCGGACUCAGCACUGGUGCACUAAUCGCAAUUUUAUUAUGUAUCACAAUUCUUCUCACUUUAGUGUUCCUUUUUACGGCAUUAAAAAGACAAAGGAAAAAGGCAUCCUUAAUGAUUUCAAAAGAUGAUGUGCGUGAUAAUGUUGUGACAUACAAUGAUGAAGGAGGGGGAGAAGAAGAUACCCAUGCAUUUGACAUUGGUACUUUAAGGAAUCCAGAAGCAAGAGAAGAGAAUAGAUUUAGAAGAGAUAUUAUUCCUGACACCAUAUUUCAAAUAAGAAGAACAAUUCCUCUUUUGGAAAAUAUAAACAUACAUGAUUUUAUUCAGAGAAGAAUAAAUGACAAUGAUGUAGAUACAACUGCUCCACCAUAUGAUUCUCUUGCGACAUAUGCAUAUGAAGGUAAUAAUUCUGUUGCAGAGUCAUUAAGCUCUUUGGAAUCAAUUGAUGUUGAUGACAAUCAUGAUUAUCAUUGUCUUACUGACUGGGGACCUCAAUUUAAAAAACUUGCAGAUAUGUAUGGUGGAGAAGAAAGUGACUGAGUACAUAUUUUAAAGAUACGUACAAUUUGUAGCCAGAAUAAACAAAUAUAAAUUAAGCAUACCUCCCAACAGUAUGUACUGUAGCUGUAUAGUUGAUUUGUUAAUAAAGUUAAUUUAAUUUGUGAUAACAAUAUGAUGCAACCUUAUGUUCAUUUUAUAUGAACACGUGCUUAAAG